CCCCCGCACACUGCGGAUGAUGUACCUACACGCAUGGCAGAGUGCCCUCUGGAAUGCGGCGGCGAGCCACAGGAUACGGCACUACGGCCACGAGCGUGUGGUGGUCGGAGACCUGGUCCUGCCCCGCCGCCGCCAUGGGGCAAGUACGACAAACGGCGAUGAUGUUGAGGAUGCAGCGCUGAUGGCCGCUGACGGCGGCGGCGGCGACGGAGACGUCGAUUACGAAAUGGAGGACGCCGCCGCCGCUGAGGGCGCUGAGGGGGCAGCAUCAGCCAAGACGACGACGAGCGCCGCGGGGCGGUUAUCGGCGGUGCGUGUGGUGACGGAGGCUGACGUGGCGGCUGGGCGGUACGACGUGUUUGAUGUCGUUCUGCCGCUGCCUGGUACGGAAGUGUCGUAUCCGGAGCACGAAACGGGCGCGUGGAUGCGGCAGGCUGCCUCCGAGGCCGGA